GGUGGCGCGUUUUCGUUGACAAAUAUAGAAACUUUUUACACGUUACAAGGAGGAGAUUCCCAAAGCAUGUAUUAUUAUACCCUAAGCAGAAUGGUAUCAUAAACGACGAUGAAGUAUUUCAGUCGUACAAUGUAGAGACUCUGCGAGAGACCGGAACUGUUCCAAACAUGACAGUCGGGGGGUCGUCAUCGGGCGCGGGGUCGAGGAACCCCGUCAAAAUAUUCGCUAACAUCUUUAUAUCGUUUAUUGGUGCUGGUGUUCUAGGACUUCCGUUUGCAUUUAAAGAGGCAGGAAUAUUAGAAGGAGUGGUGGUCAUGACACUGGUGGGAAUUAUCAGUGUGAAAGCCAUGCUUCUCAUAGUGGACUGUAAAUAUCAGCUGAUCAAGGAAAACAGAAUCCAGCCCACAACAUUUACUAAUGAUACAGAAGCUGUAGAAGAUGGCCUUCAAAUCAAAGUCAAGGACAGAGAAGAGGUCAUGACCCUAUUAGCAGAGGAUGAGCCAGAGGCUGACAAGGGGCACAAGAAUUCUCGCCUCUCUGUGGACUUUUCCUAUGGAGAUAUAGGUCACCAUGCUCUGGGACACAUUGGACGAGUUUUUGUUGACUUAGCCAUCUUAAUUUCUCAGGCUGGGUUUUGCUGUGCUUACCUAAUUUUUAUAUCAGAAAACCUAUCCAGUUACAUCCCUAAGCUAAAACUAAUUCACUGGUUGAUUUUACUCCUACCUCCACUGUGUUUACUUACUUUACUACGACAACUUAAAAGUCUGGCAUUUACAAGUUUACUGGCUCAGUGUUCAAAUCUCCUGGCCUUUGGAGUGGUGUUUUGGUUCGAUUUUGAACAUUUUCAUCACAUUGAAAUUCAUCCAAAGAAUAUGUCCAUAAAGGGACUACCAUUUUUCCUAGCCAUUUCCAUAUACUGUUAUGAGGGUGCUGGUAUGAUUUUGUCUCUAGAAGGAUCACUAGCAGCUGACAUCAGAUACAAGUUCAGAAGAUAUUUUAUUGGUACCAUGGUUAUAGUCACAAGUUUAUAUAUCUCAUUUGGAUCAGCUGGAUAUUUGUCAUUUGGACCAGAAACUAAUGCCAUAAUUACAUUAAAUUUGCCAAAAGGUGAAUCAGGGAUGGAUUUUGCUAUGAUUGUCAAGUCCUUCCUUUGUCUUGCCUUAUUUUUUACCUACCCAGUAAUGAUGUUUCCUGUGAUGAAGCUUCUAGAGAAUUAUCUGAUUGUUGAUGCUCACAAGAAAAUAUUAAAAGGGAACCUCCUGAGAGUAUUUACAGUGUUUAUGACGGGUUGUAUCGUGUUAAUCAUCCCUAACUUUGCCAAUCUGAUGGCCUUAGUUGGUGCUACAUGCUGUACAAUGUUAGCCUUCACUCUGCCGGGACUAUUUCACAUGUGUAUAUUUAAAGGAAAUCUCAGUAUUUACCAAGUGAUCGUAGACUGGACAUUGGUGUUCUUAGGAGUUGUAGGUGCAGUGAUAGGAACCAUUGAUGCCUUACAGAGACUACACAGUGCAGGUAGUGAACCACUUGACAUUGUCUCAUCCAAUCAGAAUCUGACCAAUGCUUUGUCAUCAGUCAUCAACUCAACUGAACAUUCUGUAUAGAAGUGACCUUCAGGUCAAGGUCACUAGUUAUAUAUAUGCUAUGCAUACUUUAUUCUGUUUGUAUAUUUUUGGGAAUAUUUAAUGAUGCUUUGAAGUUUUAUGUAUACAAGGUUUCGUUUUGUAGCAUUGUGAUAAAAUAUUACUUGUUUGACUUGUCUAGUCUUGCUACUCCAUUAUUUGUGUCGGCGUUUGAUUUUCAAAACAACAUAUCUAAUUUGGUUGGGCCAGAUAUGUAAAUGUUUGUCUGUUUAU